UCGAGAGAAACACCUCCAGCGCUCGCGUCGUGUCGCCCACCACAGCUCACUUUUCUGCCGCUCCUCGGACGGACAUUUACUUCUCUACUAACUCCACCGCCAAUACGCGGUGUCUUUCGCCGUGAACAUUUUGAAGCAGAGAGGGGAGAAGAAAAAGAAGAGACGCGAAACAUGGCUACUACAACCUGCACGCGAUUCACGGACGAGUAUCAGCUGUACGAGGAGCUGGGCAAGGGAGCCUUUUCAGUGGUGCGCAGAUGCGUGAAGCUGUGCACAGGACAGGAAUACGCAGCCAAAAUCAUCAACACCAAAAAGUUAUCCGCGAGAGAUCACCAGAAGCUGGAACGAGAGGCUCGGAUUUGUCGCCUGCUUAAACACCCCAACAUCGUUCGUCUUCAUGACAGUAUAUCAGAGGAAGGCUUCCACUACCUCCUCUUUGACCUGGUGACUGGAGGUGAACUGUUUGAGGACAUUGUAGCCAGAGAGUAUUACAGUGAGGCAGAUGCCAGUCAUUGCAUCCAGCAGAUCCUGGAGGCGGUGCUUCACUGCCAUCAAAUGGGCGUGGUGCACCGAGACCUCAAGCCAGAGAACCUGCUCCUGGCCAGCAAAUGCAAGAACGCAGCAGUGAAGCUGGCCGACUUUGGCUUGGCCAUCGAGGUGCAGGGGGACCAGCAGGCCUGGUUUGGCUUCGCAGGCACACCAGGGUACCUGUCCCCGGAGGUCCUGAGAAAGGAGGCAUAUGGCAAACCCGUGGACAUCUGGGCCUGUGGGGUGAUCCUCUACAUCCUGCUGGUGGGUUACCCUCCUUUCUGGGACGAGGACCAGCACAAGCUCUACCAGCAGAUCAAGGCUGGGGCUUACGACUUCCCUUCUCCUGAGUGGGACACGGUGACCCCAGAGGCCAAAAACCUUAUCAACCAGAUGCUGACCAUCAACCCGGCCAAGAGGAUCACCGCCCAGGAGGCCCUCAAGCACCCAUGGGUCUGCCAACGGUCCACAGUCGCGUCCAUGAUGCACAGACAGGAGACCGUGGAGUGCCUGAAGAAGUUCAACGCCAGGAGGAAACUGAAAGGAGCCAUCCUGACCACCAUGCUGGUCUCUCGAAAUUUCUCCGUGGGCAGCAGGCAGACCACCGCUCCAGCCUUUGCCACUGCGGCCGCUGGCACCAGCGCAGGGUUGGUGGAACAAGCAGCCAAGACUUUGCUGAACAAGAAGGCUGAUGUCAAGAAAAGAAAGUCCAGCUCCACCGUCCAGUACAUGCCCCAGACAAACAGCAGCAAAAACAGCAUAGUCACCAGCCCAAAAGGAAACAUCCCAUCACCUGCUCUGGAACCUCAGACCACAGUCAUCCAUAAUCCAGCCGACGGGACCAAGGAGUCGUCGGACAGCAGCAACACCACGGUGGAGGAUGAAGAUGUGAAAGCGGCCGCUAAGUUCGCUGACCUGCUGGGCUCCGUGCGCAGGGGCUCAGGGCCCACGUCGGACGGGGAAGGUCGGUCCGCCACCCCACCGCCCGCCCCCCUCUCCUCCCCGCCCCCUCCCUGCACGCACGCCCAAGCUGUCCCAAUGCAGAUGUCCAGGCUCACAGACCUGGUGAGCAGCGUUCGCCGGGCGCAACCGGCGCCUGCUCCCGAACCCGACACCGCUGCUCCAGCACCGCCUUUGAGCGCGCCCCCCCGACCUCCUCCCGCUCCCGUGCAGGCGACCUCCCCACCUCCUCCCCCUCGCCCCCCAUCGAGCCCCUCCCCUUCCUCUCCCCAGAUUCGCAAACAGGAGAUCAUCAAGAUCACGGAGCAGCUGAUCGAGGCCAUCAACAACGGAGACUUUGAGGCUUACGCAAAGAUCUGCGACCCCGGCUUGACCUGCUUUGAGCCAGAGGCCCUGGGCAACUUGGUGGAGGGGAUGGACUUCCACCGAUUCUACUUUGACCACCUUCUGGCCAAAAACAGCAAACCCAUCCACACCACCAUCCUCAACCCGCACGUCCACCUGAUCGGCGAGGACGCCGCCUGUAUCGCAUACAUCCGCCUCACGCAGUUUGUGGACGAGCAGGGACAGCCGCGCUCCAGCCAGUCGGAGGAAACCCGCAUCUGGCACCGCCGGGACGCGAAGUGGCAGAACAUCCACUUCCACUGCUCGGGCGCCCCUGCCACACCGCUGCAAUUAGAUGUUCGUCCUCCAUCUUGUGUGUGAGGAGGAGGAGGAAUGGAGGAGGUGGAGGAUGAGGAGGAGGUGCCAAGCACCUUGCUGGAACUUGAAGCACAUGCCAGGCGGGCACCACCAUGGACCACCACCACCAACCACUAGAGGGAGUGCUGGCUCGUUGGUGAUUCUUUGUUCAUGUGCUCUCCUUCUUCUUUGUCUUUUUUCUUUGUGUGCUGUCACUGCACUCAAUACUACUACUACUACUACUACUACUGCUACUACUACUGCACACCUCAUGUGUACCAUGGAACUUAUCAUUGAUGCCAGUGGGUUCUAGUUCAAGGAUUUUUGUCCACCUUUUUAAGGAAGCAUGCCCCCUCUUCCCCCGCUGUUUUUUAUGGUUGAUAUUUGGUUUAAAAUGAUUGUUUUUGUAUUUGGCUUCUCUGUGUCAGCUGUGAUACUACACACACUCUCAUAUCUCCACUGUGGCUACUUUUUAAAUAAUUUCUUGUUUUUUGUUGUUGUUGGACUCGUGAUUGUUGUUGUUGUUUUUUUUAAUGGCAAGGGGGCGGGGUCACGCAUGGCGAGAGUGAGUGCGUCUUCUCACUGGAACAAGCCAGGUGGUUAGAUGUGCCGGACGGGAAGUGAAGACAUGACAAGGAAGGAGUUCAAACCUUGAAAGUCGAACGUUAGGAAAUCAAGUCCAGUGAAUUUGGUCUGUUCCGGAGUGAAACUGCUACCCUCUUUAGACUUGGACUUAGACAAACGUUAAUGAUCCACAAGGGAAAUUGUUCCACAAAGUAGCUCGGUAACAAAGGAUGGAAAGGAUAAAGCAGGUAUAAAGUAGACUAAAAAUGUACUGUAGUACUCAUCCAUCCAUCCAUCUUCUUCCGCUUGUCCGAGGUCGGGUCGCGGGUGCAGCAGCCUAAGCAGGGAAGCCCGGACUUCCCUCUCCCCAGCCACUUUUUCCAGCUCCUCCCGGGGCGUAGAGACAUAGUCUUCCCAACGUGUCCUUGGUCUUCCCCUUCAAGGCGUUCAGGUGGGAACCUGACCAGAUGCCCGAACCAGCUUAUCUGGCUAGCAAUAUAAAAUGUAACAUAUAUGUAAUAUUUACAUAAUAACUGUACAGUGAGGGAAGAGUGGAUGGUGAGAUCGACCGGCGGAUCGGUGCGGCGUCUUCAGUAAUGCGGACGCCGUAUCGAUCCGUUGUGGUAAAGAACGAGCUGAGCCGGAAUGCAAAGCUCUUAAUUUACCGGUCCAUCUACCUUCCCAUCCUCACCUAUGGUCACAUGGAAAAGAGCCAGAUGAGGUGGUUCAGGCAUCUGGUCAGAAUGCCACCCGAACUCCUCCUAGGGAGGUGUUUAGGGCUUGUCGACCUGUUUGGAGGCCACGAGGAAGACCCAGGACACGUUGGGAAGACUAUGUUUCCCGGCUGCUCUGGGAACGCCUCAGGAUACCAAGGGAAGAGCUGGACCAAGUGGCUGGGGAGAGGCAAGUCUGGGCUUCCCUGCUUGGGCUGCCGCCCCCGCGACCCGACCUCGGAUAAUCGGAAGAAGAUGGAUGGAUGGAUGUAGAGUACAUGAUAUAUUGUAUGUUUAUAUCAUAUAGAUAAUCUAUAACAAUUACCAUGUACAAGUAAACAGUAUAUGUAAUUAGCUAGUAUUUAAAUCAGGGGUGUCCAAAGUGCGGCCCGGGGGCCAUUUGCGGCCUGCAGCUAAUUGUUUACCGGCCCGCCACACAUUUUGCAAAAAUUGCAAAAUUGAUAGUUUUGCAAAAAUAAAAAUAAAAACAUUUUAAAAAAAAGUGGAAUGAGGUUAAAUCUAAUGACGAAAAAGUGGCAAUGUUGACACAAAGCUGCCAUGCAGGCAGUUUUUUUUUCUUCCUUUUGUUUUUUUUUCUUUUUUUUCCAUUGCUCCAAAAAAAAAGACCAAAAAAUCUGUUAUAAUGAAUGAUUACUUAAAAAUUAUCACUUUAAAAUGUUUUAUGUGGAAAAAAUAUUGCAUAUGUUGUGUGGUUGCCGUAUAAAAACAUCAAAGUUUUAACAAAAGAGCAUAAAACAAACAAAAUAAUAGUUCAAACUUAAAAUCGACAGAUUUAAGUGUUAAAAAAAACUAAUAAAAAUGCAUCACUUUAUGAGUGGGGAACCUUUCAGAUCUCAAAUAUAUUUGGUAGGAUUUUAUUUAACUUUUCACUGUGAUUACUCAAAAAUAUUAAAUAAUUAAAAUCAAUGGUGUCCUGCAUUAUUGAUCUUUGAGGGCUUUAAUUGCUAAAUAAAGGAACUCUCCUGAAGGACUCAAUAAAUUACUAUCUAAAUACUACAAAUUUCAGUUUUACUAUAAAAACAAAGUUGUCUUUGACAGAAAAGGCCUAAAACCUUGUUUUACUUUAUAUCAACCUCAAGUUGAUAUAGAGAUUUACUGUAAGCAUUAAAUAAUAAAAAAUAAUAAUUUGACUUAUUUUUAACAUUUUAGUGACUGAGACCCUAUAUGCUCCCCAGGAGCCCUAAGGAUUAAAAGAAAAAUACAUUUAUUUUGUUAUGGUUUGAAACAGAAAAAUAUCAAAAUGGCCCCCGCAUGCUUAAAUUUUUCCGUGUGCGGCCCUCUGUGGAAAAAGUUUGGACACCCCUGAUUUAAAUGAACAGUUGAGACUUAAGUUGUCUUCCCAGGUCGAUGCUUCCCCUUGCUGGAAUUCUCCAAGUAUUGCUAGAAUGGAUGAACUAAUGCCUUGUGUUUAUUUGUAUCAUAUUUGCAGUGAGGCGCGGCUUCCACUUCCUCUCCUAAGACAAUCACCGCACAAAAUAUCAACUUUAUAUUGUUUGACUUUUGAAAUAUUGUGUUUAUUACAUUUGAGAAAACAAAACGACGGCACUUCAAGCGCGUCUCUUCUUGGGGAUACUGAAGAUUAAAGUUGUCUCCUCAAAAAGGAGACAUUUGUGUCUAUUACGGCUCAAAACAGACUCCGCCCCCUUUUUUGACCACUUCCUGUGCGCAAGUAAAAGUGUGUGAAUGUUUUAUUCUCAUUUUUAAACGUUUGUUAUGGAUGUUAUUCUACUGAUGUUGUUUGCUUUGGAUUUAUUGCUUUACACUUUCUUUUUUUAACGAGGUACUUUUAUUGUGGCGGGACAAACCUCAUGAGAUGGUUUUUGUUAUUUUUUUAAGUACUAUUUAUUUUGUGUCGCUAAUUAGCUUAGCAUAGUAUAUUCCAGUCAGACUUUUUAGUGAAUUUUUUUCUUCAAAGCAGGAGAACGAGGAAAGCUUUAGUUGUUGCUUAUUAGUUUUUGUCAAAGCAAGAACCCUGUGGAUGUUGAACUCUUACCCGCCUAAAACAAGAUGUCUAACGUCAAAGUUAACAUUUAGCCAUAACAUAUAUUCCCCAAGCACAUUCGACCGUCUGUAUCUUUGUCAAAGCAAGAACCCCAUUGAUUUUGAACUCCUUUUUAAAUGGCUUACAUUAGUUAAGUUUCUGCUUGAACUGAUUUGGUUUUCUUCCGAUUUUUCAAAAAUUAUUUUGCUUUAAAAAAAAAAAAGUAACCCUAUUGAUUUUGAUUAUUGCUAUUAUGGCAUUAUUGUUGGUUUUCUUUUAAAACAAGAUAUUGGAAUCUAGCUCGCUUUCUGCUAAAAGGGAUAUUUUCUUUCAUCAAUCGGGAAUCGUUAAGAUUUGUCAGAAAAAGAAGACUAUUCAUUUUGACGAUGUUAAGACAAAAUGGCCUGAGGGUUAAGGUUUGUCAAUAUUAAUUAUGCUUCUGAUGAAACAGACAUUUUCUACCAACAUUUUCAAAGAUUACGGGGCUUAAGCGCAAGAAUGCUGCGCAUUUUGGGGAUGAUUAAUAAUAUCAAGUUACGUCAAAGCAAGACCUUUACUUUGAAAGAGCGAGAACACUAUUAAUUUUGAACACAAACAUCAACCGAAAUGCUCAAACCGAUUUUUUUUUUUAGCUUUCUGAUCAUUUUGUGGGUUUUUUUAUGUUUACUUUUGAACAAUAUUUACACUUAAUUGACACCGCUUUUUAUACUGAAGUAUACUCUGUGUGUGUGUGUUUCUACCCUUCUUGAGACACGAAGAAGGAAAAGUUUGUGUUUCUACCCUUCUUGAGACAUGAAGAAGGAAAAGUAGCUUUCAUAUCAGGACCGCUGAACAAGUGAUGCCAUAAAUCAUGCUCCCUGUCAGGUUCAAACAAUAUCUAUUAAAUAAGACAAGAAGUAAGGAAUUAAACAGAGACAGAAUUACAUUUGGCUCAAUUGAGGUUAGACGCGUACACAUGUACCGUUGUACAGUCUUCCAACACGCUCCUGACGAAAGAUUGUACGUCUCUUUUAUUUGGACUUUCCCUGAUUACAUGGCAACAGCUGUUUCUAAGGGAGGGGGUCGUAAACAGCCGUCGCCUUUGGUUACAGAACUUUUCAAAGAAGUGGUUGUGAAACAGUUCAAAGAAGAGGUGCCUGGAACUUGGGCAGGUCCUGCUUUUUCUCCGCUGUGUAGUUCUCGGGUCAAAACAAAAUCUUUCUGUGGAUUACAAUACAUGAAAGAAACGGAACACCUUCAUGUUACUUCCCAUCCUAAACAGUGGAGUUUUACAGCUUUUGUCUUCUUGCCGGGAACUUAUGUCAACACAAACUUUUGUGAUAACUUAGAUACAAUUGUUCUAACCAUUCCAAUACAGAAAACCAUUGCAUCUAAUAGAGAAUGUCUCAUUUGCACCCCUGCUAAUGACAUCUAUCAAAAUUAAGGUGGUCCCAAAGUGCUCCCCCUCUGGUCAACAUAUGAAAUAAGUGUAAGAAAUUGAAUUGCGCUCCCUUUGGCCAAACUUAAUAAUACUAAAAAUAUAUGUGUAUAUGUAUGUAUGUAUGUAUGUAUGUAUAUAUAUAUAUAUAUAUAUAUAUAUAUAUAUAUAUAUACAUAUAGAUGUGUAUAUAUAUAUAUAUAUAUAUAAUUUAUUUUUUAAGAGUUAUUUUUCUCUAUAGUCAUAUUUGAAAUAACAAGUGUUUUCCAUUUGUACUCUUUCUAUUUUUUAAUCUCAUGUCCAUGGUACACUGCAAGUUAACCUUGGCUUUAGGAAUGUGAGGAGGAGAGAGACUCCUUUUUCCUAUCUCAUCCUGUCUCCAGCUAAGGAGAACAAUAUACAUGUGUAUUCGUUCUGGACGGUGGGGGCGAGAGACAUAUUGAAGAACACAGCGCUUCCGUAAUAUUUUCAGAUCAACUUGGCGACACAAUUUGAAUGUGUUGUUUUUAGGUUGGUCUCUCCAAAGCUUUGGAAUAAAUUGCAAAAUACCUAUUCGGUUCUGGGUGAUCAUUUAAACUCAUCUUGUGUCAUCAAAAGAACUUGGGAUUGACCAGCAACUUAAAUCCCCUUGGAGGAACAUCUCGUCCUAACGCAACAAGAGACAUACCAAGUUACUGUCAUUAUUUACAAAAGUAAAUAAUGCAAAUUUAAAAACCAAUUACAAACAACAAAUUAACUAAACGCUAACCUUUUUUAUAUUUGCAUGGCAUUUUUAAUGUUAUAAAUACAAAUGUUUAUACAUCUAGGAAGGGUGGUAGGCAUUUUUUGGGGAGGUCUCAAGAAGGUCAGAAAUACAAGUGUGCGUGUUACUCUGACACCCAGCAUGUAGUUUAAGGUCCAGGCGUGUUGUUUCUUCGUGUUUACAAGUUUGUCUUUCCAAGCUUAUUGGCUGGUCUUUCUGCAUGAACAUCAACAACGUCACACUUUUUGGCAUUUCCGUCUCCUUCCUCAGCUCUGAUAUAUAUUUUUGUCUCGGGUGUCUUUAUAUACAUAUAUAUAUUAUUAUACAUGUGUAUAUACAGUAUUAUAUGGAAAGAUUUAGGAGGAUUUUGCAUGUUUUGUUGUACAUAAAAGCUGCGAGGUGCCAUAACGUGGGGCUCCAGCAGAGGGCGCUCUCACAGGCGAUCUUCCAUGGACUCGCGAGCAGCAAUCAUCUUGACGACUUGACGGGAUCGUCGCUCCUUGUACUCCGCCGCUUUGUAGUCUUUUGUCACUUUUCUCUUCUUCUGUGCGAUUUGAGGAAUCUUCUUGCUCUCUGGCGUGCUUCACUCUUUUCUCUUAUUCGGACAACUUGUGCUAUCAGGUGUUACCAAUAAAAUGGCGAUUGGAGCAGA